AUGUCUGACCUGGGUGGUGGACAUGAGAACUUCUUUUGGGAGACUCAGUCAUGGGCUUUUUCGAAUUCAGAUGAUUUGGGUUGUAUCGGUGAAAAAUCUGGUGGGAAGGCGCCACCUGAUUCGGGGUCUAAUACUCAGACACCAAUCGGAAAACAAGUGGAGGAGGUGAUAGCGGUGGCACUCAGAAAGAAACGAGGCGGGGUUGGUAAGAAUGGAAAAGGGUGUGGUGGUGAGGCCAAUGAAGGAAAAGGUGGUGAGUCAGAUCAUGAGACACAUAUAUGGACAGAGAGAGAAAGAAGGAAGAAGAUGAGGAACAUGUUCUCUAAUCUUCAUGCUUUGCUCUCUCAUCUCCCUCCCAAGGCAGACAAGUCCACGAUUGUGGACGAAGCAGUGACCCACAUAAAAUCCCUACAACAAACUCUCCAAAAGCUCCAAAGGCAGAAGCCGGAAAGGCUCCAUGGCUUGACACCCAUGAACUUCGAUGGUCAAUCGUCCAUAAUCACCCCACAAAAGCUUCCCAUGGACUCGAGGGAGGCUUUCAUGGCCAAUCAAGCUUCUUCAAACAACACAAACUCAAACUCAUCUAAUGCACUGCCAGUGUCUCUCUCUCGGUCCCCUCCUCUAUUCCAGACUUGGACUUCUCCAAAUGUGAUCUUGAAUGUGUGCGGUGAUCAUGCACAGAUUAGCGUGUGCUCGAUGAAGAAGGCUGGACUCUUCACUGUUAUCUGCUAUAUGUUGGAGAAGCACAAGCUGGAUGUUGUGUCUGCUCAUGUUUCAUCGGAUCAGAAUCGGACCAUGUACAUGAUUCAAGCCCAUGCAAAGAUAGCUCCAGAUCAGCUUUCAGAGGCAUUUCCACUGGAAGAAAUAUACAAGCAAGCAGCAGGAGAGAUAAUGUUGGAAAAGGCAAAGGAAAGGAUACAGCAACAAGAAAAGCACAACAUUGAAGAAGGUGCUAAAGAAAAGAACACAAAGGAUAGGUUGUCCUCUGAAAUGACCAAACUGUUUUACACCCACUGA